GUCUGGAUUUUUCCGUUUCUCGUCCUGCUGGGAGUUUCUGCAUACGCAACCUACGAGGCGGCUCAGGUGGGCAACUUUCGAUCGAUUUUCAGAGUGCCAGACUUCCAAUCGGACAUGUGCGGAGAAGGGGAAAUGAAGGGCAAGACAUUCCUGUACUUCUGCAUGAAGCACCAGUCCCAAUGGGUCUUCGACGAAGCGAAUAAGAGUCUGGAGAUACGAUAUCCAAUCUGCGUGGAGCGCUGCCCGACUUCCUUCAAUACGUCCAGCCGCUGCUAUUUGGGGGUGGGGGAGGACGAUGAUGCGAAUUCCUGGGACUGGGUGCAAGACUAUCCCACGCAGCCUACGGCUUUCUUCUGCAGGCCGCACAGAGCCUUCAGCAAAGGUCUCAGCGAUGACUUCUGGACGGCAGUGAAGAAGGGGCCCAAGAUUUCUUACUUGAUUCUCCGCUUGUACAACGGCUGGCCUGAGGUGAUCUCGGUCUCCGUUUCGUGCUCGUCCAUGUUUGGACUUUUAUACAUCAUUUCCUUGUCCAAGUGCGCUCGCCAACUGAUCUGGCUUGCAUUGAUUACGACGGCGCUCUGCUCCGCGGGCGUGAGUGCCUGGUAUGGCUACUGCUUCAAGACUGGCAUGUGCAAGAAAUACACAGGAAACGGUGAGGAAGAUCCCAUCGACCUGCUCCGAUGUGUUGCAUUUGGCAUAGUGGCCCUUCUGACCUUGCAGACUAUCUGUAGCCUCGGACGGAAGCUGGACACGGUGGGGCGAAUCCUCGAGAUGUCAUGCAGUUGCAUCAUGUCCAGCCCCAUGCUGACCAUAUUGCCGCUGGUGAUGCUUUGCCUUCGGAUCAUCUCCACGGCCUGGGUGGUCUACGUCGUGCUGGGCCUCUACAGUUCGGAGGUUCAUGAUCGCUUGGAUGACGUUGCUCAGCCGUGGGUGAGUGGCUGGAACCGGCUCCCAAGGAUGAGCAAGUCGAUUGAGUUCCAAGUUUACGCGGUUGCUGUUGCCUGCUUCUACUGCCUGUUCAGCUCCUUCAUCACAUGCGUCUCCUGGUUCGUCAUGAUCUUUCUUGCCCAAGUUUGGUAUUUCGCUGGUCCCAAAUUUUCCACUCGGCGGUGUCCUGUGCCAAGAGCUUUAUGGAUCUGCCUGCGUUACCAUUUUGGCACCAUGGUUCUUUCAGGAGCCUUGGCUUUCAUGUGCCGGGAGGGUACAGCCGGUUGCAUUGAGAUUCUCCGCAAACUUGCAACCGAGUGCAGCUCCAUGCAAGAGAAGGCUGUCCCCGUCUCUUGCUCUCAACCCUGUCUGUCACAGAUGUUUCUCAGAACAAGCGUGAGGACGUCCAAAUCUGGCCGGGUCUUGGAGUGGUAG